UGAAUUUAUUAUCUUUACUUUAAUUUGAAUUUCGCUGUAGAUAUUACAAACCAAUAUUGACUCAUUCUUACAUAAUGUCACUGUGGUUUUCACAUAUACCUGUAUAUCACUUCCUUCCUGUGAUAUAGAACCACUUUAAUUCUUGUACACAUAGUUUUAGGAUUAGUACAUGUAGUAUUUUCUGACUUAUAGUUUCCCUAAUAUUAGCUGCUGUUAGUAUUAAACUUUAGCAUACCUUUAUCAACAAUGUUUAGUAUGUGGAUUUUUGGUUUUACACUUGUAAGUUUGCGAUAUAGUGUAUUGACAUACAAUUUGGAUGUUAAUAAUGCUGAAGUGUUUAAUAGUCCUACAAUUUUGAUUGAUAAACGAAGCAGUUAUUUUGGAUUCUCUGUUGCACUUUAUGCAAAUAAAAAAGACUCUCUGCUGUUGGUUGGUGCUCCUAGAGCAAAUACAACUACAAUAAAGGGUGUAAUUGAACCAGGGGUUGUAUAUCAAUGUCCAAUUAAUGAUACGUGUAAAGAGUGGACUUUCGAUAAAACUGGAAAUGGUCGACACGAACGGUAUCCCGAUAUAUAUCAGAAUAAAAAUAAUGGAUGGAUCGGUGCAGCAAUUGCUGUAGAAAAUAGAAGUGAUCCUAGAGUUGUGGUUUGUAGUCCACGAUAUAGAAAUAAAAUGUUUAUGAAUGGUAUCUGUUACUGGAUAGCAGUUAAAAACAUUGAGUCUAAAAAAUUGAUUGGAACAAUAGAUUUCAAGUUGGAAAGGGUAGGACAGGCUGGUUUUUCAUUACACAUUACAUCCAAUGAAUCACAACAGGCUCUAUUAGGUAGUCCAGGUAUAUUAUUAGGGAGAGGUAUACCCAUGUUAGUUGUAAAAUCACUUGACAAUAAAAUGCAAACACUAAUUCCUGCAAUUGAAAACGGAAUAGUUACGCAUGAUUCGUAUUUUGGUUACUCUGUAACAUCUGGCUGUUAUUUUAAACAAGGAGAAUUGUGGUUUGCCUCUGGUGCUCCAAGAGCUGCAGAUAUGCAUGGAAAUGUUAUUAUAUUUAGAUUUCCUAAUGAAAGUAAACAACCUUUACUAGUGAAAAAGAAGGUAGCUGGUGAGCAAUAUGGUGAAUACUUUGGAGCUGCUUUAUCAUCAUGUGAUCUUAAUGGUGAUGGUAAAGAUGAAUUAAUCAUUGGUGCCCCGCAAUGGGCAAAAGACAUAAACGAGGGUCGAAUAUAUGUUUUUAGCACUUCUUAUAAUGAAAUUUUUGUAAAACAAUUAUUUGAUGGAGAAGUACCUGAAAGUCGAUUUGGUUCUGUGAUAACUUGUCUAGGAGAUAUUGAUUAUGAUGGUUACGCUGAUAUUGCUGUUGGUGCACCAUACGAGAAGCAAUUUGGUGCAAUAUACAUUUUUAAUGGCAAUAGUAAUGGAUUACCUAAAUUUUAUAGUCAAAAGAUAAUUGGCAGACAAUUUGGGGAAAACGUUCGGGGAUUUGGAAUUUCAAUUUCAGAACCUCGUGACAUAAAUGGUGAUAAAUAUUCUGAUAUUGCUGUGGGAGCUUAUCUCUCAGAUCAGGCAAUUUUAAUUAAGUCUAAAUCAGUUGUUAAAAUAACAACAAAUUUAAAGUAUUUAGAGAAAGAAAAAUUACUAAGCAAUUCUACAUUUUUUAUUAUCAAUGUGUGUACAUGUUAUGAUACAAUAAAUGAGCCUAAAUAUCUCCGAAUUGUUAAAUUUUUAAAAAUUGAUCAAAUGUAUGGAAGAGCUUUGUACCAUGAUGUAGGAGGUAAUAAUGGUAGUGUGUACAAAUUUUAUGAUAUGUUACACAAAUCUAAAACUUUAUGCAGUCCAAUUAAGCUAUAUUUAGAGAAAAAUAUUAAAAAUGUAAUAGAUCCACUUGAAAUAUCUGUAUCAGUUACUUUAGAGGAAGAAUCACAAUCUAAAAAUAAAGAGACUAAUUCGCAUGUUCCCUGUACAUCUUGUCCAGUUAUAAAUAAAUAUCUGUCUAAAACUGAAGAUUUUAUCAAAUUGCCAUUUACGUUAGAUUGUGGGGAAAAUGAUAUUUGUAUAUCAGAUAUUAGAGUAGAACUUUCAACGAACUUAGAGUUUGAUAACAAAUUUAUCAUUGGAUCUACAACCACUGUCAAAUUUAUGAUAAAUGUUUCUAAUUAUGGUGAACCAGCAUAUCAAUCUAAAAUAUUUGUAUAUAUUCCGGAAAUAUUAUCGCUAGCAAGUGUACCUCUUUCAUGUAUGGAAAGUUCAUACCUGCAUAAUAUUUUAGAAGUAAUUUGUGAUAUUGGAAAUCCACUUAGACAAAAUAAAACAUUAAUUUUGGAGUUGGAUAUGAGCAAAGUUCAGUUUGGUAUCGAUCAUGUAGAACUAUGGACGAAUUUUACAACUCAAAGCAAACGAAAGGACUCACGCAACACGGGUACUUUGUUGACUAUCUAUUUCGAUGUUGAUGUCGACGUAGUGGUAGCAGGGAAAGUAAACGGUGACUCAUACUCGUAUUUUUAUAAAAACGAAAAAGAGCAACUCACUAAUCUCCAAUUCGAGCAUAUUUAUGAAGUUCAAAAAUUCGGUGUUAGUCCAAUUGACAAAGUUAUACUAGCAAUUAGUAUGCCAACUUAUUGGAAAGAUUCUAGUGGAGAUAUACCAAUUAUUAAUAUCAAUAAAACAAUUGGUCAAAUGAAUGGACAACAAUUUAAUUGCAUGCACUCAAACUAUACACCUUCCACGUCUUUAAUUGAUAGACCUAAAAUUCCUCCUAUAAAUUUUGAUUUAGAUACACAAGAAAAAUUUACAUUGGCAACUAAUUUUUCAAUUAAUUUGCCCCCUGAGAAUAGAUCAGUGUACAUUAAUUGUACGAACACUAAUGUACAUUGUACAUAUAUUCAGUGCAACUUGGGUCCUUUUACAGAUUUUUCAUCUGUUGCUAAACUUUCACUUGUACUGGACCUUUAUCUCAUAAAUUUGAAAUCAAAUAUGAUAGAAGAAAAAGAUAUCAUACUUUUCGUGUCUAAUGGAAGUGUUAGCAUUAUGCAACCAUAUAAUAUCCAUCAAAAAUUUGGACACAAACCUGAUAGCACCAUUGUAACCACAAUGUUUUUAGGGUCACCAAUAACUAAGCCAGUUGCUACUUGGAUAAUAGCUUUAUCAAUUAUUAUAGGAAUUGUGUUGCUCAUAUUUUUAAUUUUGGGACUGAUUACAAUUGGAUUUUUUAAUAGAACAAAGAAGGAGGAACUUGAAGCAUUAAAAUCUAAAACAGAUGAAGAACAUAAUAUUAUCCUGGAAACAAGUUCAUGUAGGAAAGUGCUUGACGAAGAGUAGGUUUACUAAUAGAGACAAAUAUUCAAAUUUAUAUAUAUAUUUCUUAUUUCUUAUGCAUUAAGUAAAUAGAAUGAAU